AUGGACAGCCAGAACCACCGGGUCCACUGGUGGAUUGGCGGCGCCUUCGUCGCCGGCGUCCUCCUGACACUGGGCUACAAAGAUGUUUAUCCCGACCUCGAGCGCCGCUACAGAGCUGCAAAGGAGCAGCAGAAGCCACGGCUCAGGCGCCUGGAUCACAGGGCUUCCCUCUGGUCUCUCCGUACGGCCCACCAGGUCGAGCUCAAAGACAAUACCAUAAAUCUUGACCCGUCCGACCCCAUCGAAGACAUCGCAGAGGGCAUUGAAGGCUGCAUCGGCAACACCCCGCUCAUCAAGAUCAAGUCCUUGUCUGAGGCUACUGGCUGCGAGAUCCUGGCAAAGGCCGAGUUCCUCAAUGGCGCCGGCAACAGCCCCAAGGACCGCGUCGCGCUAAGCAUCAUCAACAUGGCCGAAGACGAGGGCCUCUUGACCCCAAACUCGGGAGACAUGGUUUACGAAGGCACCGUCGGAAGCACUGGCAUCUCGCUCGCAGCAAUCUGCCGCGCACGGGGUUAUCUCGCUCACAUCUGCAUGCCCGACGACGUUGCGCUGGAGAAGUCGGACCUCCUGCUGAGGCUGGGAGCCGAGGUGGAGCGUGUCCGUCCGGCUCCCAUCGUCGACCAGAACCAGUUCGUCAACAAGGCUCGCGCGAGGGCUCUUGAGCACACCAACAACCCGAACAAGCCCGGCAGAGGUAUCUUCGCCGACCAAUUCGAGACAGAUGCCAACUGGCGCGCCCACUAUGAAGGCACUGGCCCGGAGAUCUAUGAGCAAACUGGCCGGAAGCUCGAUGCCUUCGUCACCGGUGCUGGCACUGGUGGAACUAUCUCCGGCGUGGCGCUUUUCCUGAAGCCCCGCCUCCCCAAGUUAAAGGUCGUGCUGGCAGAUCCGCAAGGCAGUGGCCUCUUCAACAGGGUCAAAUACGGCGUCAUGUUUGACCCUAAAGAGAGAGAAGGCACUAGGAGAAGGCAUCAAGUCGACACCAUCGUUGAGGGCGUUGGCAUUAACCGCGUGACACACAACUUCGAAGCGGGCCGAGCACUGGUCGACGACGCCAUCCGGGUUACAGAUGAGCAGGCCAUGGCCAUGGCUAGAUGGUUGGUGGAGAAGGAUGGAAUCUUCAUCGGAAGCAGCAGCGCGGUCAAUUGCGUGGCCGUGACAAAGCUCGCUUUACAAAUGGGCCCCGGCCACAGACUGUGCACCCUUUUGUGCGACAGCGGUACGAGACAUCUAAGCAAGUUCUGGGCCAAGGCGGGUGCGGUCGGCAACGAGGAGGGACUGAGCAUUCAGAGCGUAUUGAAUGCAGUUCCUAAAUGA